CUUCUCCUGGUGCUGAGAUGAGCAGUCCUCAGAGGUGUCCAGGAGAACUGCAGGAGGAAUCUAAUGGGGCAAAGCGUGUGUGCCUCAGGGCUCAACACAAGAACCUCACUAGAGAGCCCAAAGCUGCCAUUCUGGAGUGUCCCUCUGUCAACAUGGAGUCCAGAGGUGCCUCUAGUGAGGGUGAACAUACUACUGUAGGAUCCUCAGCUGCCAGUCUGAGGUCUACAGGUGUCACUAAGGAGGCUUUUGUUGCCACCGUGGAGUCUAAAGGUGCCAUGAUGGAGUCCUCGGUUGUAGCUGCCAUUUUGGAGGUUAAAAGUGCCACUUCGGGGGUGGAAGGUGCCACUUUGGGGUCUAACACGACUUUAGGGUCUGACAGUGUGGCUUUGGAGACUAACAAUACCACUUUGGCGUCUAAUGAUUCCACCUUGCGGUCUAAUAAUGCUACUUUGGAGUCUAAUUAUGCCACUUUCAGGUCUAAUGAUGCCACUUUCAGGUCUAAUGAUGCCACUUUUGGGUCUAAUGAUGCCACUUUGGAGUCUAAUGAUGUCUCUUUGGGGUCUAAUGAUGCCACUUUGGAGUUUAUUGAUGGGAGUUUGGGGUCUUCCAGUGCUUCUAUGAAAUCUACUGGUGCCUGUGAGACAGUAGGAGGCAGCAACGUUCAAGUGUCUGUGAUCAUACCGGUGUAUAACGGUGCUCAAUGGCUGGAUGAAUGCCUUCAGGCCGUUUUAGAUCAGGACUUCCGGGGCACUUUGGAGAUAUCUGUGUUCGACGACGCCAGUACGGAUAACUCCAGAGCGAUUGCUGAAAGCUGGAGAGAGAGACUGAGGAUGAGAGGUGUUACCAUGGUGAUAUCAGGCCAUAACAGAGACAGACCAAGAGGAGUUGGAUUUGCCAAAAACAAAGCUGUGGCUCAAAGCUCUGGACGAUACCUGUGCUUCCAGGAUGCGGAUGACGUCAUGCUGCCCCAGAGAGUGAGACUGCAGUAUGAAGCUGCUGUACUGAACCCCGAUACUAUUGUUGGUUGUCGGGUGAGGCGUGUUCCAGAAGGUUCUACUGAGCGCUACACCAGGUGGAUCAACACACUCAGUCCAGAGCAACUACUUACACAGGUCUACACCUCUCACGGGCCAACGGUCGUCAUGCCAACGUGGUUCUGCUCGCGCUGCUGGUUCCACAAAGUCGGCCCUUUUGACGAAGGAGGCAAGGGGGUUCCGGAGGACUUGUUGUGGUUCUACCAGAGUCUUCGCCGGGGAGGGGGAGUGAUCCGAGUGGACGAGUGUAUUCUGAUUUAUCGCUACCAUGAGCAUGCAGCAACACACUCUGUGCUAGAGGAAACCAUCUGGAAACUCCGAGUGGACUUCCUGGAGGAGAGAGUGCUGGGACAAUGGGAUUCAUUCACCGUGUGGAAUGCUGGGAAACAGGGACGGAAACUGUACCGCAGCCUGGCAUCCACCAAUCAGAAGAAGGUGAAAGCAUUCUGCGAUGUAGAUGAGAACAAAAUUAAAAAGGGCUUCUACACAUACGAGGACUCAAAGGAACGUCCGAAACCCAGAAUCCCUGUGCUGCACUACAGAGACUCAUCACCUCCAUUUAUAGUGUGUGUUAAACUGGAUAUGACGGGCGGUGUGUUAGAGGAGACCCUGCUCUCUCUCGGUUUAAAGGAGGGAGUGGAUUAUUAUCACUUCAACUGACUGAUGAACAGAUAAUGGAGAGAAAGCAUAAUUCAAGGUGUGACUGAUGAAGAUUGAAUGACUGACAAAAGGAAAAGAGAUGGAGAGAAGGGAGAGGGAUAUGGGAUGUGUGUGUGUGUGUGAGCUCAGUGUUACUGUAUGUAGCUGAUAAGUGCAGCGAUUAGAGAGCAAUUCUCUGUGCUUUUAUUGUUUACUUUUCUCUAAACCUCAAAACACUCAUUCAUCCUAUUGUGUGUGUGUGUGUGUGUGUGUGUGUGUGUGUGUGUGUUACAGAGUGUUGAAAGACAGGAGUGUGGCCUUCGUGGGUAGGACACAGACAGAGGAAUGCGUAUGUUGUGUUAAGACAUUAUCUGAGGUCAGCAGCCACGUUCCUCACUGUGUGUGUGUGUGUGUGUGUUCACCAUGUGGAGAACUUAGGAAGCUGUUUGCUCUUUGCAGUGUUGAUUCAACUGCAAUAUUAUUAAAUCAAAUAUUUAUUGAAUAUUUAUUGUGUGGUGUGUGAGCGCGUGUGGUGUGUGUGUGUGUUGUGUUUGCUCUUUGCAGCAUUUCACUAAAUUGUGUCAUGUGGUGGAAUGUGGUGACUCGGUUACGUCGCUGCUCCUUGCGCCAUUUUCUCACGGGAAAAAUUCAGCACCACCUGCUCCCGAGCUUUCGCACACAUACACACACUCCGAGAGACAGAGUGCUCAGGCGAGUGUGUGUCGGGUUAUCAAAUUAAAACAUGGAAACAGCCCAAAUCCUCUCUCCAGUAGCUGUGAUGAUGUUUAGACCCAGAAGUGGUCCUCGAGUCCUGCUGAGUUUCAGCCUGAUGUCUUUCAUCACGUAUACAACAACUUCUUCUUUCUCCACGUACACAAGUGUAUUUAUUUAUUUACUUUUGCUGGUUUAUGUUUAUAAGGUACUUGUUAAUUAAGUAAUGUAAAGCUUGAUCUUUUAUAAGAGCCAAUAAAUAUACAGUAUUAACU